CAUCACUUGUAGCCUAAAAGUGUAAAAGAAAAAAAUAAAGUUUUUAUAAAGACUGCAUUUAAGGCUUUUUAAGUCCUGCUGUCCUUUUAGAAUGAUAAUUAGAUAGUAUCAUCGGCUAGACAGACAAUUGUGUGAAUUUAGUUGAAUGUGUGAUCAGGGGGUCUAUAUUCUGGGCUUUACAGGGUUAAUGCACUCCCAUAUAACAGCCACUUGAUUUCACAGAAAACGAAACUUAGCGAGUGCUGAAGAUGGCAGCGAGCAAAGAGCCAGAUUCUUUAUCCUGCUCGAUAUGCCUGGAUAUACUGAAACUACCCGUGACUCUUCAUUGUGGCCACAGCUACUGUAUGGAGUGUGUAAAUGGUUACUGGGACCAGGAAGAUCGCUGUGGUGUUUACAGUUGUCCCCAGUGUAGACACAUAUACAUCCCCAGACCUGUGUUGAACAAGAACACAGUGUUGGCAGAUUUGGCAGGGAAAAUGUCCCCAGAAGAAGAAGAACCACAACAACAACAACAACCCACUCCUCCUGUGAAGGAUGACCCAGUGGAUGUGGAGUGUGAUGUCUGCACUGCAAAGAAGCUGAAAGCUGUCAAGUCUUGCCUGGUGUGUCUGGCUUCUUUCUGUGCUACUCAUCUGCAGCCCCACUAUGUGUCUGCUGCUUUCAAAAAGCACAAGCUAGUGGAAGUCUCUGCCUGCAUACAAGAAAAGAUCUGCUCUAAGCAUGACAAGCUGCUCGAAGUCUAUUGCCGCAGUGAUGGCCAGUGCAUUUGCCUGCUUUGUGUGAUAGAUGAGCACAAAGGUCAUGACACUGUCUCGGCUGCAGCAGAGAGGAAAGAGAAACAAAAACUAUUUGGAAAGAAAAAACAAAGAUACCAACAGGGAAUACAGGAGAAACAGAAGCAGCUGCGGCAGCUGAGACAGAAAAUGAAAGCACUGCAGUGUUCUGGAGCUGCAGCUCUUGAUCAAAAUGAGAAGGCCUAUACUGAAAUAGUCCAGAUGGCAGAUAAAAGGCGUUGUACUGUGAGAGAGCUGAUCAGAGUUCAGGAGACGGCUGUGGUGAGCCGAGCUGAGGCGCUCGUGGAUCGGCUGGAGAAGGACAUCUCUGAGCUGAGAAAGGGAGAAGAUGAACUCAAGCAGCUGUCUCUCACUGAGGAUCACAUUCAUUUCCUGCAGAGCUGCCAGUCCAUUUUUGACUGUCCAGAACCUGACGAGUGGUCUGAUUUUGACAUCCUUCUACACACACCUUUUGACUUUGUGACAAAGGCUAUUUCUAUUUUGAGAGACAAAAUGGAAAACAUGGCCAGAGAUAUUGCAGAAAUAUCUCAGACGUUUCAAGCUGAUCCUGAUCCUGAGACAAGACAGGAGUUCUCCCUUUAUUCCUGCCGCUUAAGUUUGGAUCCCAACACAGCAUUUGAAAACCUUUUGCUCUCCGAGGGAAACAGCAGAGUGAGCUGGAUUAAAAAAGCCCAGAGGUAUCCAUAUCACCCAGAGAGAUUUACCAAAUAUGAUCAAGUGUUGUGCACUGAAGGUGUAUCUGGAGUUUGCUACUGGGAGGUUGAGUGGCGAGGGCCCAGGGUGGAGGUCGCUGUGUGCUAUAAAGGGGCAGGGCUGGAUGAAAGUGGCUUUGGAUACACAGAUCAAUCCUGGUGCAUUUCCCUUUCAAAUGUUGGUUGCACCUUUUGGCAUAGUGGAAUCAAAACCAAAGUAUCCACCCACUGCUCCUCUACUGUAGGAGUGUAUCUGAACCAUAAGGCAGGGAGCCUGUCCUUCUACAGCGUGUCCGAUUCUGGUCAAAUGAUGCUCCUUCACAGAGUUCACACCACAUUCUCCCAGCCUCUGUACCCUGGGUUCAUGGUCUGCAGAGGGGCCUCAGCUAGGAUAAUGUCAUCUAAGUAAAGGGCACCCAUUGUCAAGGUUGCUCAAGUAAAGUAUCAGUAUUAAAGUAUGUUUAUUCUGUACUAGUCUUGUGUGUGUGUUAAACACCAGCGCUAAAGAGGCCUUGUGUUGUCUGUUGAUCAUUGCUCAUUAUUUGCCAGGAUUCUUUAAAAUGUUUAUUUUUGCAAGGAAAAGGCUGAAGGUGAUAUUUGGCACAGGUGUGAGGUUUUUGUGUUUGUUCCAUGUUCCUUAUCCUGUAAUGGAUCCCUUUAACUGUAAACUCAGCAAUGUAUUGUUUGUGUAAGUAGAAUAAUUAUAUAUACAAAUGUUCAUAACUAUUCUAUGUGUGCUAUGUGUGUACUAAGUUUUUUUUUU